CAGGGCAGAGAGGAACUGAGCAGUGUUGGGCUGUGGUGGCAGCUUCCUUCCCCAUCUGUCAUGUGAGGCUUGGCUUCUGUCCCCACCGAGGCGGGCCACUCAGCCCGCCCUGCCUGCCCUGCCCGCCCUUUCAAGAAGCCAGGAGCAGACAGGCAGCAUGGGCUUGGGGAUCCGCAUGCUGAGAGCCCUUGUCCUCCUCCUGGGGACCACAGAGAGAGAGGAGCCAUCUCCGCAGCCGGGCCCGGCCACUCCCCACAAGGAGGACGUCUACUUUUCGGGCAAGGGCCGGAGAAUGCUGAGCUGGAGCAGCUCACUGUUGUCCGAGUCCUCCUCCGAGUACCAGUCCUACUCCCAGGACCAGUCUUGCUACUCCUGCACAUACAGCGACAAGGAUGCUGCCCAGCAAAACAUGUGCGCCUUCUAUACCCACGUGAAGACCGUGCAGGGCGUGGCCGUGGCCUGGGAGACCGACAGUGGCUUCGAGCCGGUCAGCAGGCAGCCCCGCAUCCACGAAGCCGAGUUUAUCAGGAGGCAGAGGCGGAAAGGCUCCUCCUUUGAGAUGGCGUCCAACACUGACCUGCGCUGGGAGCUGGAAGCCAGCAGGAACAACACCUGCUCAGAGCCGGACGACGUGGAGCUGCUGGCGCCCCUGGAGUGCUGUCUGCAGGAGCUGCGGGACACCCCAGACUGGCUGGUCACCACCAACUACGGGCUGCGGUGCAUGGCCUGCUGCCGGGUCUUCCCCACGCUGGAGGAGCUGCUGGAGCAUGCCCAGUAUGGCAUCCAAGAGGGCUUCAGCUGCCAGAUCUUUUUCGAGGAGAUGCUGGAGAGAAGGCGGGCCCGGGGCCAAAUGCAGGAGCAACAACCAGAGGAGGAGGAACAGAGCUGCUCAGACAGUAGCGAACGUCCAAGGUCCCAUGUCAAGGUGCUUUCAUCAGAGCCACAGACACGGCCGCAGAAGCAGUGAGCUGGGGGUGGUGCGCCCCGCCCUGCCCUCACUUCUGGCACCACAGUGGCUCCUUUCCCAGCCAGCAGGACCAAAGCCAUCAGGGCAGGGAGAGAGGCUGAGGGCCGGGAAAGGAUGCGAGUGGCAUGUAGACCUGGGAGGGCUGUGAGAAGGGACAGGUAAGAUGCCAUCCCAAAGGGCACAGCAUUUCAACCAGAGUCCAUUUCAAAGCCAGAAUCAAGUGUUUCUGACAGAGGGUGUAAGAUCUGAAGCCCGCAAGACUGUAGCCACAGGGAUUUCUAUUUUUGCCAGUGGUUUCAGUAGGUUAUGACUCCCGGGAGAGGCAACUGCUAAUGAAGCUUCAGCCCUAUUUUUUUUUUUUCAUUGUUAGGAACCCGUCAUAUGCCCUAGUUUGAUGUCUUAUUUUAAUGUGAUUAAACUUAAAUAACUCAAUGUUUAAGGCAAUGGCUAAUUGAAUGAAUCACGUUAUUGGGCUGGACCCAUAGGAAAUUGACAUCUCUGUAGGUUACACACUGGCACAGGCAUCCGAGAUGGCAGGUGCCCAGAGGUAGAGACGGUGGCUGGCUAAGUUUUUUUGACCUAUGAGUUCAGAUAUGUCAACUCUGGGUUUUAAAAUGCUGCUACAAAAUCUGUCUUCACCCUCUCAGGGGGCUGCAUUCACUCAAGAAAACACACGAUGGCUCAAUGGGUGCUAAGCAGGCUGAUGAAACGUGGACCCCAACCUUGCAGUGAGAGGCAGAUAGAACAGGCAAUUGCAAAGCAAAGGGAAGAAUCACCUAAAGAAGGAUUGGGGAGCCCAGUGGAGGGCCCCCAAACUCAUGCUGGUUGAUGAGGAGGGAAAACUUUCCAAAGAGGCUGAGGCUCCCAGAGGCUUGAAGGACAGAAUUAGUGAGAAUGGGAGCUUUUGUCAAAGUCAACAGAACUAAGAUUGCUUCUAGGAGGGGUGAACAGUGUUAAAUGUGGGAGUGAGCUGAAGAUACAAUAUUUUUCCUUUCCUUUGGCAUAUGGAGGUUGCUGGUGGCUGUGAUAAGAGCAGUGUCAGGGGCUGAGGGGGUCAGAGGCCAGACGGGCAUGGAGCAUAGUGGACAUGAGAAAAACCACUGGACACAAGUAUUAGACAACUCUGCUGGCAAGUUUGUCUAAAAAGAAAAACAAUGAUGGCUUAGCUGGACAGAAGGAAAUGACAAAUAGGCAAAGAUGGGGAGAGAGCAAGUUUCUGUGCUGGUGGGAAUGAUUCAGAAGAGAGGGGGAGCCUGAGAAUGCCAGAAAAAUGGGGGGGAUCUAAGAAGAGGAGUCAAGGAGGUGAGAGGAGACCGGAUCUUGACCAGAUACGAAGAAACCAGCCCCUGACAAGAGUGCCCUCGUGUUCUCUGCCGUAGGGUAGUUAGGUCAAGUAGAUCUCUUUGGUGAACAGGGUCAAGAAUGAGUGAGGCAGCAUCACUGGUGACAAGGAGUUAAAGAGCUGGAGGCAGGAUGCGUUGCGUUCAAAGAGAUUUAGGAGAUGGAAAUGACAGAUCUUGGCUAGUGUUUGAUGAAGGUGGUAAGAGAGGAAGUUGUCCAAAAUGACUUCCAAGUUUGUUUGUUUUUUUUAAACCUGAGUGGUUGGUAAAUGUUGGUGCCAUCUGAAGACAGUGAAACAACAAAGGAUGAGAUUUGCUGGGACGCCAAUGAGCCUUUUGAGGAAGCUCAGUUUGUGACAGAAACUUUCAGAAGGGAGCUAGUUAGAAGGAUCUGGGUUUUGGAAGAGUGUUAAAUGGGAUGGAGAUGGAUUUGCAGUCAUCUCUGUGUGGUUACCAUGGGGCUUUCGUGGCCUUGUGUUAGAUUCAUUCUCUCUGCUGGUCCCAGUGCAACUUGGAAGCCAUGGGAUCACUUUAGAAUGGAUGUCCAUCAGGGGAAUGAUAGCAUAUCACCAUUUUCAAGAUGCAGCAGAGUCACAGACUUCCUAAAUUCCCCAUGAAAAGGGAUGGAAGUUCUUUAGGAAGAGAAAAGAGAUAGGACAGUGAUUCAGACUUUGUCAAGCUCUUCUCAGAAGAGCUAUCUGGGGUUGAAGGGAGCUCAGAAGGAAGGGAGAAUUCAAAGGCAACACAAGGGGAAGGGAGGCAGCUGAGCCAGAAAGAGCGAGCCCCAGUGAUGAGAACAUUUCUAUUCAGAAAUCAGUUGCAAGGGAAGAAAGAUGAGGCAUGACAUCUAAGCUUUGGAAUUUCAGCCUUUAAAACACGAGUGUAUUUAUGUGUUAAAAUCACUGAUAUUCCAAGAGCCAAGCAUUGUUCUAAACACCUUAGGAAUCUUGAGUCAUGUGAUGCCCUUCACGAUCCAAUGUGGUGGGUCCAAGGAUGAGUUCUGGUUUCUAGGUGAGGAAGUUAAGACCUUGUCAAGGUCAUACAGCUGGUGUACAGCAGAGUCAGGCUUCACACCCAGGCAGCCUCAUUCCAGAGCCUACGCUCUAACCAUCACACCGAGAAGCAAAAUAUUCACGUCAAGACAGAGACAAGGUAUUUAGGAAAAGCAAACAUGUCAGCUGCACAGGUUGUAUUUUCUUUAAAUUAAGCAGAAGCAGCUGGAGAUCGGGGGAAGGAUGACGGGCGUUCAGGACAAAUGAAAGAUGACAAGAACUUUGGGUAAGCACGCUUUUCAUGUAGAGGAUAACUAUAGCUGAUCUGGAUGGAAUAAAGAAGGGAUGAAAUUGUUCUUAAGAUAGUGACUUAUUUUUAUUCAAAUAAUUCUUUGCGGAGGGGGCGGAGGGGAGGUUAAUUAGGUUUAUUUAUUUAUUUAUUAUGUUUUUAACAGAGGUACUGGGGAUUGAACCCAGG